UCUGUAGAAGGUACGGUAACAGCCUCUUCACCUGAAACACAGGACAAAGGAUCAUUUUGUCUAGUUCUGCUUGCCGGGGGCGGAAAAAAGUCUCACACGUCCAUAUCAACCCUACAAAGGAUGAUAUUGGUGGUUUAAACUUAAUUUAUUAUAAACCCACAAAAACGAAUGGCUUAUUUAUGGAUAUAAUAUAUAAAUGUAGAGUAGCGAGAUCGACGGUCCACGAUCGCGGAAUCAUAUCUGUCUUCCCUCAGCCAACAAAACUAGGACCCACUAACACAUUGCAGUUGGGGUUCACAACAAAACCCCAAUCACGUGCGGCAAGAUACGCAUGCGCCUGAUUGAUACUAAAGCAAGGGCAAUUACGUCAUUUAAGAACCCCAGCAGGUGAAGUGAAGAAGUUAUAGCGAUUUUUAAAAAAUAAUAAUAAAUGCAUUAAGUAAGUGAGGGACCUCAGAUAGCUUCGAGUUCGGUCCUUCUGGCAUUAAUCUCCAGGCUGUAACCAGUUGUACUCCAUUCUCUCAGCUGCCUACCGUUUUUGUUUUUUGCCCUUCUCUCUCUAUUUAUCAUUUGGUUUUAUUUAGGUUACCUGCAGUAACAGCGAUGCAUUUGAAGAUGGAGCCAAGCCAAUUGUGUUUUUGGAACGCAUCUUACUCUCUUCUUGCAUUAAACCAUAACUCCUCUCUCUGCUAGUUUUCGUAGUUUGCUUAAACUGAUUUCUGACCUAGCAAUGGAUCCUUGCCCUUUCGUGCGCCUCACUGUAGGCAAUCUCGGUCUCAGAAUCCCUGUCGCUGCCAAACCGGCUCGGUCUGUGGUGCACCCUUCCUCCUCUCCGUGUUUCUGCAAGAUUAAAUUGAAAGGUUUUCCUGUUCAAACUGCCGUCGUUCCGUUUGUUCCAUCUGAAACUUCUUUCUCAGAUAACCAAUCUCAAACCAUGGCGGCAAGUUUUCAUCUCAGCAAGACUGAUCUGGACAAGCUCGCAGUCAAAUCAAUGUUCUCCGCUAGAAUAUUUCUGAAAAUUUCUAUAUACACGGGGCGGAGAGGCACAACCUGUGGCGUAAGCUCUGGGAAGUUGUUGGGGAAGGUAUCUGUGCCGUUGAAUCUGGCGGGAACUGAAUCAAAAGCAAGUGUGUUCCAUAAUGGGUGGAUUUCUGUUGGGAAAGAAGCUAAAGGUUCGUCUUCGCAGGUUCACUUGAAUGUGAAGGCCGAACCUGAUCCCAGAUUUGUGUUUCAGUUCGAUGGGGAACCUGAAUGUAGCCCACAAGUGUUUCAGAUUCAAGGCAAUAUCAAGCAACCCGUUUUCACUUGCAAAUUCAGUUUUAGAAACACGGGGGAUCGCAAUCAGAGAUCCAGAUCAUUACAAUUUGAGGGAAGCAAUGCUAGAAGCUGGCUGAGCUCAUUUGGCAGUGAAAGAGAGCGACCAGUGAAGGAACGAAAGGGAUGGUCAGUAACGGUCCACGACUUAUCUGGCUCCCCGGUAGCCGCCGCUUCAAUGUUGACCCCUUUUGUAGCCUCUCCUGGCUCAGACCGGGUGAGCCGUUCUAAUCCUGGUUCCUGGCUCAUCCUCCGUCCCGGUGAUGGAACCUGGAAACCUUGGGGCCGCCUCGAAGCCUGGCGCGAGCGUGGCGCCUCUGAUGGUUUAGGUUACCGUUUUGAGCUGAUUCCGGACUCGGCUGACGCUGGCAUUGUUUUAUCGGAGUCAACUCUGAGUUCCAGCAAAGGCGGGAAAUUUUGCAUUGACUUAGGAGGUAAUUCUGCGAAUGGUCGAGCCACGCCUACUGUCUGGGCUUCUCCGGCGUGCAGUCCACGGAAUAGCGGUGAUUUUGGAUACGGUUUAUGGCCGUAUUGCAUACCUAGAGGGUUUGUGAUGUCGGCUAGAGUGGAAGGAGAGGGAAGGUGUAGCAAACCUAGUGUGGAGGUGAGUGUACAGCACGUGAGCUGCACGGAGGACGCAGCUGCUUUCGUGGCUUUAGCCGCAGCCGUUGAUCUCAGCAUGGAUGCUUGCAGGCUUUUCUCUCAACGACUGAGGAAAGAGCUAUGCCAAGAGCAGAAUUUCCUCGGAUGAUUGAGUUAUUUCUACGAUGUCGUAUUUGUUUUUUUUUUCAAAUUUCUUGCUAGUUACCGGUGCUACUAACUAGGGGUAAACAGACUGACCGUACAGUGAAGGAAGAGAGAGAGGCAUUAGACAGGCGCGCUUUGUUUUUAGUGGUGUGGCUUGUAUUAUUUUUCCUGUUUUUGAAAAAGACUUGACUCAGAUAUUUGAAAAUAUGAAUUAAAUUGAUAAUUGCGGAUUAUAGCUGUAA